AGCCGAAUCGAGCAACACACUCAGUGCAGCGGAGCAGCUCAGGGAUAGUAGCCAUGAAGACCAUCGUGCUCGUCCUAGCCGCGGUAAUAGCGACAAUGACCAACAGCGUACACGGUGGAUACGACAUUAAUGCACUACACGCCCUGAGCGCCGUCAAUGCUGGUCACGGAGGUGGCGGCGGUGGCGGUUAUGGAGGAGGCUAUGGUGGUCACGGGGUCCCCAUCGUCAGAGUUGGCUACGUCAAGAAACCCUACGUGUCCAUUGGCUACGUGCCCAAGAAAGUGGUGAAGUUUGUAAAGGUGCCCGUAAAGACCGUCGGCAUUGGAAUUAGGCCUGUGCUAACUUACAAGGUUGCCCAUCAGGUGAAGGUUGGUCACCCCUACUACGGAUACGGACACGGCUUUGGACAUGGUUACGGACAUGGCUACGGCGGUCACGGAUACGGCAAGGGCAUCUCCAUCGGUUUCGGAGGCCACGGCAUCGGCAUUGGUCUUGGACACGGAUAUGGUGGCUACGGACACGGCGGUUACGGCGGUUACGGACAUGGAUUUGGUCACGGCUACGGUGGCUACGGACACGGCGGCUACGGUGGCUACGGCGGACACGGUUUCUGGUGAUUGGUGUGCGUGCUGGCGACGUCAUCCUGGUCAUACUCAGCGGUUGCGGACAAACUGAACCUCAUCUGUACAUAACCUCAUCCUGCUCAACUCUUAGGUUUAAUACGAUUAUUAAUAAUAAAAUGUGUAUAUACUUGUCCUCACAAA